AUGAAAGCCUUCGACACAGUGAAUCGCGACGGACUGUGCAAAAUCAUGCAGAAAUUCGGCUGUCUCCCAGGAUUCACUCAGAUAGGGCGUCAGCUCCACGAUGGCAUGACGGCGCGCGUCACGGAGUACGGCGCUGUCUCAGAGGCAUUUAGCGUGUACGAAGGAGUGAAGCAGGUACGCGUCCUGACGCCCACCCUCUUUAGUCUCAUGUUCUCUACCAUACUGCUGGGCGCUUACCGUGACGAGCGCCCAGAUAUCCGCAUCGCUUAUCGGACUGAAGGCUACCUCAUCAAUCAACGGCGGAUGCACUACCAAUCACGCGUAUCCACAGUCACCGCUCACGAACUUCUCUUCGCCGACGACUGCGCCCUCGAUACCACCUCGGAAGAGGACAUGCAAAGGAGCAUGGGUCUCCUCUCCACCGCCUGCGAGAACUUCGGUCUGGUCAUCAACAAGGAAAAGAAGGUGAUAAUUCAUCAACCACCAUCCAACACAGCCCCUUCCCACAACGCGCCACAAAUUAGCGUUAACGGAACCCAACUGCAAAUGGUGGACAACUUCCCGUAUGCGGGCAGGAACCUAUCCCGCAUCACGAAAAUCGACCACAAAGUAGUCCACCGGAUUUCGAAGGUCAGACAAGCCUUCGGCUGUCUUCAAAGUACAGACUGGAAUCGUCACGGUAUCCAGCUCAGUAUGCAAUUGAAGAUGUACUUGGCCGUCAUCCUCCGGACGCUGCUGUGUGGAGUAGAGUCCUCGACGAUGUACACGAAGCAGGCACGCCGACUCAACCAUUUCCAACUCAGCUGUUUUCGUCGAAUACUGAAGCUGAGUUGGUAG